AUGAACGACGAGAUUCCAGAACGCGACGAUCAAAGGUCGCGUCGCGAGAAAUAUGAUAAUAGGCCUGAAUAUUCGAGGGGCAGCCGGAACGGUAGGCCUCAGGACAACGACGCUAGUAGACGGAGCAAUCGAUCCCGAUCUCGGGAACGGGGGGGACGGCGCCGUUCAAGAACACCGGAUUCGAAAGACCGCCCGUCCCGGUCAAAUGAUCGAGGGAACAGGAGGGAAAGAGACCGUGACCGCGACCGCGGCAGCCGCAGGCAUCGAAGCGGGCAGCGAGACGACGAGAGGCGACAUCGAGGUGGUGGUGGAGAUAGGCACGAGCGUCGAAGCCGGCGAAGCCCGGAUGGCAGGGCACCGCGACGGGAGAUUGGACCCGAUGGAGGGGAUUACCCCAAGCCCGGCAGCGGUCAAAGUCUAAUUCGACGUUCUGGUCCGCUCCCUUCCCAAGAUGACUCCUUCGCUGUCAGCAAAGGCGAAGAGCCAGAAAAACCGAAGGAGAAGCCCAACUUUGGGAACUCCGGCGUGCUCGCGGCAGCCUCCAAUUCCGUGACGCAAGCUGACGGCACUAUCAUCACGUUAAAGUACCACGAGCCGCCGGAAGCGAGGAAGCCACCCCCGCGCGAUUCCUGGAAGUUGUUCAUUUUUAAGGACCAAAAUAUCGUUGACGCGAUCGAACUCGGAGCUCGGAGCUGCUGGCUAGUUGGCAGAGACCUCACUGUCGUCGAUCUCCCUGCCGAGCAUCCAAGCCUUAGUAAACAGCACGCCGUCAUCCAGUUCCGAUAUACUGAGAAACGCAACGAAUUUGGUGACAAGAUUGGACGGGUUAAACCGUACCUAAUCGACUUGGAGAGCGCAAAUGGCACGAUGCUCAAUGGCGAAAGGGUUCCCGAGAGCCGAUACCUCGAACUGCGAAACAAGGAUAUGGUUCAGUUCGGCUCAAGUACAAGGGAAACCUGCGACGCCCCCAAGACCCCCUGCUUUCUCAACGUCAGGGCUUGGCUCUCCGAAUACCGUCAGUUAUCACGACUUCGCGAGACCUUUGCCACCAGCCCUUCCAACAAUUAUGCCGAAGCAGGCCGUCGCAUUCGCCGCCGCGAACAGCCGGGGCCCUGGUUCCAUGAUCAUUUGAACAUGCCCUCUUGGCUGUAUGGGUUGCACACUCUAGGUCGCGGCUAA